GUUAAGGAAGCCCACAAAGCAUUAAGCCACCCUAUAUCAACAACCCAAACCAAACUCAACCCAACCCAUUUGUACUAACAUGCGCCAUCCCCACCACCACCACCUCUCCUCCUCCUUGACCACCACCACCACCACCAUGCCCAGACACCCAUCAAACCCUAACCCUAAUAAUCUCCCCCCAUCAUCCUCACCCUGCCACCACCACUCAUCUUCAAACAUUGGUGACGUCAUCAUCCUAAUCCUAGCUCUUUUCUCAGGCACUUUCUUGAUCUCAUCUUACUUAUCUUACAUCGUUCACUCUGUUUCUUUAUUAAUCCCGAUAAUAUCGCCUACCCUUUAUGCCCUUGACUUUUCUCUGUCUAUUUACUAUGUUUCCUUCACCCUUUUCUUUGUUUCUACUGUUGUGGUUUUUAAUAUGUGUUUUGGGUCGAGAAAGUGCAAGAGAGUGGGCUGUAAGGGCUUGAAGAAGGCCUUGGAGUUUGAUUUGCAGCUGCAGAAUGAGGAGUGUUUGAGAUUGGAUGGGAAGGGGGUGAGGGAAGUUGAUUUGUUGCCUUGGAAAGGUGGGAAAGAAAGCAACCCUGAUUAUGAAUGCUUGAGGGGGGAGUUGAGGAAGAUGGCGCCGCCUAACGGACGGGCUGUUUUGAUUUUCCGGGAUAAGUGUGGAUGCCCGGUUGCUAAGCUGGAAGGCUGGAGUGUUAAACGUGGAAGGAAGCACAAAAAAAGUAUAACAUUCAACGGAGGCGAUCAUCGCUGACUGCCAAUGAUGGAGCCGUUAUAUCUCAUCUGUCUUCUUGUCCAAUUAUGCCUGGUGUUUGAGGGAGGUGAGGACACAGCUCCAUACAAUGUUCAUUUAGUAAACCUUCUCAGAAGUUUGAAGACAUUAUUUUGUUUUCACAAUUGUUCUGAAAUUAUAUGGUAUACAAAAUAGAACAAAACAGAAUAAGUAAUCAGAGCAAAGAUACACUAGGAGAUUUGUACUUUGGUUUGAUAUUAUACAUUUAGCUUUUAAUGGGAAAAGUGGCACUGCUUUUACUUUUCA